CGUUUCCUUGACAAAAACAAGUUUGCUAGCGGCCGGUCUGUCGGUUGAAACUGCGAAGAUUUUGAAAAUAAAGUGUGCAUUUAUUUACUGCAGGUAAAGAGUUGGUAACCGAACAUACACAAAUUUUAUAAUGGCAGAACUACCGUACCAAGCGGAAUAUGCUAAAAGUGGCAGAGCUUCGUGUAAGGGAUGUAAACAAAAAAUUGACCAAGGAACCCUACGUCUUGCCAUUAUGGUGCAGUCACCGUUCUUCGAUGGCAAGCAACCAAACUGGCACCAUGAAGACUGCUUCUUCCACAAGACUCGCCCUACAAGUGUUAGGGAAAUUGCCAAUUUCAACAAACUCAAGAGUGCUGAUCAGGACAGAAUUAAAUCUGUCAUGGAAAAUUCAACUGGUAUAGUGAUGCCAGUUGAAAAACCAAAAGGAAAGGGCAAAUCCAAGAAGAGGGCAGCCGAUGAUCCUGUAUCCACAUCCACUGCAUUGGCACUCAAAGAUUUUCGUGUAGAAUACUCUAAGAGUAGCAGGGCUACAUGCAAACAAUGUGAAAUUAAAAUAUGUAAGGAUGAAGUUCGUAUAUGCAAGAUUGUGUAUGACACAGAAGUAGGUAGCAAGUAUGGUGGUCAACCAUUAUGGCACCACGUGAAGUGCUUUGCAGAGAAAAGGGCUGAGUUCCUCUUCUUUGCUGGAGGGGAGAGCCUACCUGGGUUUGAUACUUUAUCAAAAGAGGACAAGGCCAUGGUCAAACAGGAGAUUAAACCAUUCAAAGCAGAUGAUGUACCAGUCAAGAAAAUGAAAGUGGAGCCCAAAACGGAGGCAGAUGUUAAAGAGGAAAAAGAGAAAGAUAAGAAAAUAAACAAACAAAACAAAUUGUUCCAUAAAUACAGGGCCGCUUUAAGUGAACUGAAAAAAAAUGAUCUUGAAGAAUUACUUGAAGAAAAUUCUCAGGAAAUAUUUUCUGGUAGAGAUGAGUGUUUGGAUCUGCUUGCCGACUGCAUGGCAUUCGGAGCUCUUGAACCCUGUCCUGAGUGCAAGCAGGGGCAACUAGUGUUAGACACAUUUGGUUAUAAAUGCAAAGGUAACAUAAGUGAAUGGACAAAAUGUUCGUACGUCACUCAGAAUCCUAAGAGAAAACCUAUGAUUGUGCCGUCUGCAUAUCAAGGAGGAAGCAUUUUCAAGAGAUAUAAGCCCAAGACCGAUGUCAGACUGUUUGACGCUGAACCACAGCCUAUACUAGUUGUUGUUAAAAACGAGGCGACCGCUACUGUUAAGAAAGAAUUGCCCAUUCCACCACUGAAAAACCUACAAUUCUUCCUUUAUGGCAAGUUGAAGGAUAAAGAGGAAACUAAAAAAAGAGUUCUGAAACUGGGAGGUCUUGUAGUUAGCAAGCUAACUGAUACUACGGUCGCUGUUAUCUCAACUAAAAAAGAUGUCGAGAGAAUGCCUGAAAAAAUGGAGCAAAUUAAGUCUAUGGAUAUUGAGGUGGUUGAAGCUUCAUACCUCGAUUUGAUUGAGCAAGAUGGUACAAUUUCUAAGUCAUUACAAUUAAUUAAGGAAAAUAAUAUUGCUGAUUGGGGAUCUGAUCCAGCUACAAGAGUGCCCCAAGAUGUAUUAGAUGGAAAGUCUAUACCAAAGUCUGGUAGCAUGUAUGUUAAGUCUACUAAAUCUGCAGUGAAACUGAAGAUUCAAGGUGGAACAGCGGUAGACCCGCUGUCCAAGCUAGAAGAUGAAGCCCAUGUGUAUAAAGACGAGGAUGGCACGAAAUACACCGUGGUACUGUCGCAGACAGACGUCGUAGCUCAGAAGAACUCCUACUACAAACUGCAAGUCCUAGAGAGGGAUGAUAAGAAGAAGUACUGGUUGUUCCGAGCAUGGGGUCGUAUCGGAACAACUAUCGGCGGCUCAAAGGUGGAGGAUUGUAAGUCGGUACACGAAGCCAUUAGGAAGUUCGAAGACUUGUACAUGGAGAAAACCGACAAUGAUUGGAGUAUGCGAGAUUAUUUUAUGAAGGUGCCAGGCCGCUACUUCCCACUAGACAUGGACUACAGUACUGAUGACGUCAACACACAGAAUCUAGCCAUAGACAAUAAAUGUGAAUUGCCAGUACCAGUGCAAAAACUCAUCAUCAAGAUAUUUGAUGUCAACAUUAUGAAGAAAACACUGCUUGAAUUUGAACUCGACACUGAAAAAAUGCCCCUGGGUAAGCUUUCCAAGAAGCAAAUCAAGUCUGGAUACAAAAUUUUGUCAGAGCUACUGACUUUAAUUAAUAAGGGGUCGACAAGCCAAAAUAAAAUAAUAGAUGCUACCAACAGAUUCUUCACUUUAAUUCCGCACGACUUUGGCGUGAACAAUGCUCCGUUGCUGGACAAUGUUGAGCUCAUCAAGACUAAGACGGCCAUGUUGGACAACUUGCUCGAGAUUGAAAUAGCUUACAGCCUAAUGAAAACAGACUCUGAUGAAUCGAACGUCAUGUCGGCCCAUUACUUGAAGCUGAAGGCGAACAUUGCGCCUCUUCCGAGGAACUCGCCCGAGUUCGAGAUGAUACAAGAGUAUGUACGCAACACUCACGCUGCCACACAUUCCAGUUACACUUUGGAAAUUGAAGAGGUGUUCAAAGUGGUCCGCGAAGGUGAGGACAAGCGUUUCAAGCCGUUCAAGAAGCUGCACAACCGGCGACUAUUGUGGCACGGCUCACGUACCACCAACUUCGCUGGAAUCAUUUCUCAAGGUCUCCGCAUAGCGCCGCCGGAAGCCCCAGUAACAGGCUACAUGUUCGGCAAGGGCGUGUACUUCGCCGACAUGGUGUCCAAGUCCGCUAACUACUGCUGCACCAGCAUCAACAACCCCACCGGGCUUAUGCUGCUGUGUGAAGUCGCGUUAGGAAACAUGCAAGAAUGUUACCGCGCGACGGACGUGAAGCUCCCUCCCAACAUGCACUCGGCGUGGGGCGUGGGCGGCACGCAGCCCGACCCGGCGCAGGACCGCACGCUCGACGACGGCACCAUCGUGCCGCUCGGCAAGCCCGUGCAGAACAAAGUGCCCACCACGCUGCUCUAUAACGAAUUCAUCGUGUACGACGUGGCACAAGUCAACGUGAAGUAUCUGUUGCAAAUGAAGUUCAAGCACAAGUAUUAAGUACCGUACUUACUCAACAAUUGUUUUUUUUUAUUACUUUGUUGGUCAUAUAAUUGAUCUGUUACUCCUAUGUUCGUUUAAAUUUUUGUAUUAGUUUUAAGACUUUUUUAUUGAACCUUCCACUUACAUUGUAUUACAUUCCUAGGGUACUCUAAAAAUGUAAUUGUGUUAAUGUUCUUGUUUUUUGCUUAAAAUUUCGUUAUUUUUAGAUACUAACCCAGCUAGCUCGAAGCAGCCAUUGUGAUUAGUCGUUACCUAGGUUUAAAAAAAAACUGUGAAAGAAACUUAUUGGAUACCGCCUAAAGUUAACCAAAUGUUUACAAUCGGAGAUGUAAAUAAUAAUAAUGUGGUUAAAUUACACUGUUACUCGAAUACAAAGCAUCACUGUUGUUA